UCAUGUGCACAAAAAUAUAAGAACGAGUAUUUAAUGUUAAAUCUAUAGAUAUAAAAAAAGAAAAAGAUGUAUCGGAAGAAACACUGAUCACCUCAGAAGAAGAAUCCAUCGUUUCUGAAGAAUUGUCUGUCGAAAGUUCCAUUCAUCCUUGUCUUAAAGACAUAGAUAUCAGUGAUUCCCGAUUGAAAUUGCAAAAUCUCUACACGAUGUUUCCAAUCCCUGAUGAUCCUGGCUUGGUACCAGCGUUCUGGACCAUUCAGGAACGUCGACCCUCUUAUACAGAUGACGGUAUAAUGAAAUUUUUCGAUUUAGUUAAAACAUUCUCUAUGAGACCUAUACAAGCAAUGGAAGAUAUGUUACGAACUAAUAAAAUCAAUUUACAAUAUUACGGACUUGAUUCCCGUAUCGUUAAACUCUUAUGUGAAGCUUUGAUGAAAAAUCCUACUGUGAAUACGAUCAAUCUUACAGGUAAUUGGUUAUCAGAGGAUGCCUGUUAUCAUUUAAAUGAACUGCUUUUGAAAAACAAUAUAAUACACACUUUGUUAUUAUCAGGAUGUAAAAUCGGUGCAAACGGUGUUUCGAAAUUGUAUGAUGGAAUUUUUACAAAUGAAACACUGAAAAAAUUAGAUCUUUCCGAUUGUAAUUUACGUAAAGAAGGUAUUGACUACCUUAUACAGGCAAUUUGUAAUAAUGAAAGCAUUGAAACUCUUUCAUUGAAUCACAAUCAUCUCGACGAAUCAUGUGCAGAUGCUUUGCAAAAAUUAGUCAAUUGUUCAAAGAUAAAACGUUUAGAAUUAUCUUGGAAUUCCUUAUACACAACAGAAACUUGGAAGAAAUUUAUUAGAGGACUCGAGGAAAAUGAAACUUUACUUGAUCUUGAUUUAUCUUGGAAUGCUUUAGGAAAAGAAUGUAUUUCGUAUUUGCGUCGAUUAUUAUUGCGAUCUUCAACAUUAAAAAAGUUGCACUUGAAUGGAAAUCGUUUUACUAAUGAUGAUGUAACUGUCAUUGCAAAAGCAUUAUCAAGGAAUGCAACACUCGAGGAGCUAUAUAUAGGUGACAAUCCUUUCAAAGCUGAUGGUGCAUUUGCUCUCGUUAAAGCAAUUACACCAGAGAAAACGUCAGAAAGUCAGCUACGUAUUUUAGAUCUUACGAAUAUUUGGGCAAAUAAGAACAUAAUACCAGAACUUGAAACAAUUCAAAAUAGUAAACCAUGGGUAGACAUUAAAUUGGGAGGUAUAUUUAGUAAUUAUAAAAUAGAAGGUCCAGAUGUAAAAGCAAUACUUUUAAAAAGAGCCAAUUAUGAAGCUAUGAGACCAAAGAAAAAACGACGUCGUAAAAACUUUGGUCAUUUUGUGUUAUCACUUUCUGAUGAUCUUAUUUCGAAAGGAAAGUUUUUAGAACUGGUGGAAAAUUUCCAAUUAAACUUAUCUAAAUCUUUAGUAAAUGAACUAAUGAUUGCAUUUACUGGUAUAAAAAAUACUGUCGAUCAAGGCUUAUUAAAAUCUGUUUAUAUGAAACAAUAUCCAAAUACAAAACUUCCAACAGAAAAACCUAAAAAAAUCAAAAGUAAAAAAAAAAAAACCUAAAAAAAAAGAGAUAAAAGAAACUAAUGAGGAAGAGAAUCUAUGAAAAAGAAUUUUGUAGUUUAUUUAUAAUACCUUAAUUUUAAUAGUUUAAAUAAAGUAUAAUUAUAU